UAAGGGGUUUUGAACGCGCUGUAAGCACGCCCACCCAGUCGGACACUAGUUGACGUUCGAAACCUGGUUGGCAGUGAGCACCAAGUACUGUACCUGGAAAACAAAACUCGGGCAGCGCGAGAAUUUACUUCCGGGUAAUGUUAAACUAGGCGGAAGUGCUCGAGAAGUGGCUGAAAAAGUAAAAUUCGGCGUUGCGUACCACAUUGAACAAAUAUGGAGCGCAUACAGCGGGAUAAACCUGAUAUUUGCAAUGGGUAAGAUGUCUUUCUUCUGACGAGAAGAGGUGGCUAACACACCAGCCUGUGUACAUCAGCGUUACCACCUAUGCAAAACCAAGAAGAGGGAAGACUACCUGGAAUGGCCGGAGUACUUUAUGGCUGUGGCCUUUUUGUCAGCCCAGAGAAGCAAAGACCCGAGUUCACAGGUGGGGGCCUGUAUAGUGAACCAGGAUAAUAAAAUUGUUGGCAUUGGCUACAACGGAAUGCCUAAUGGUUGCGAUGAUGACCACUUACCUUGGGCUCGGUCAGCAGAUGACCCUCUGGACACUAAAUAUCCUUAUGUGUGCCAUGCAGAGCUGAAUGCCAUUAUGAACAAGAACAGUGCAGAUGUGAAGGCCUGCACCAUGUAUGUAGCACUGUUCCCCUGUAACGAGUGUGCUAAACUCAUCAUCCAAGCAGGAAUUAAGGAGGUGGUCUAUCUUUCUGAUAAAUACCAUGACACACCAGAGAUGACGGCCUCAAGAAGACUACUCAACAUGGCAGGAGUACAGUUCAAGCAAUUCAAGCCUAAAAGAAGCAAGAUUGUCAUUGAUUUUAACUCCAUAAACCACCCACCAGCGCCGGACAGCUCAACAAAGUGAUCUGCUUUUGGGUAGCCAAAAAGAUGUAACAAGAGAGAGAGAAUGCUUUUUUGUUUUGUUUUGAGCCACAUAUCAUUUAUUUUUCUUUGUUUGACAAGAUAUGAAUUCCUUGCUCUUUUAUGUCAGUUGAAAUGGAAGAAAUUUCACAUUUUUCCUUGAAAAUUAAAUGAACAAGGACCAUUGUCCAUUUAUUUUAAACCUCCUUUAAAUUGUUUUUUUUUUUUGUUUUGUUUUUCUUUAUUAGUUCAAAAAAAAUUUCCCAGACAAGCAAAGUAAAAGUAGGAUUUUGUUUCUUGAGGUUAGGUUGUCAAAUUAUAUAGGCAGGAGAAAUUUGCAAUCCAUUUUGAACUCUCAUGUUGUCCUGUAAGUAUUGUGAAGACCCUUUGUCUAAGCUACGUCAUUUUUUUUCUCUUGACACUACAACACUUUUUUUUUAUGAUGAUUUGUCAUUUUGAUCCCACUGAAAUUUUUACCCAUACCCCUCCAUUACUACUGCUACGGUUUAGUUGUUUCUAGAAUGAGAGCUUGUAUUUUCAACUAUCCCUUAGAAGCCUUUUUUUUUCCAUGUUCAGUUCCUGCAUUUUUAUGAUUUACAUGUCUUUAGAACGAUGUACCUAGAUAUACUACUUAAAAACCUGCAAGGUAGCCAAAAAUAGUUGAAUCUCUGUAAUUUCUCGAAUAUAAUGCCAAUUUUUUUCCAAAAUAUUUUCAAAAAGUCAAGAGACCCCAUUAUGUGUGUGUAUGAAAAAUAAAAAAAUACAAUCACAUUGUA